UUUGCCCCAUUUUAGUGUCCAUUUCAUCCUGUUUGUGUACUUGUGGGCAGGGUUGCACAUGUUCAUAUCACUUUACCUUUUACAUAUCUAUGAUUUACUUGCCAUUUUGCAAUCCGGGUGUCAUUCUUUUUGCUUUAUUUUGCACAUCUAUGUUUAAUUUUAUAUGAUAUUCAUUUGUGUUGUCUCCUUGCUCUGCUAUUUAUUUAUAUUAUUAUUGGCAAUUUAUGGUUCAUAGAUACAAUAGGGGUCUGCACAAUCUUGGACCACUCUGUUCGAAAACUGAAACCAAACCGUUCAAAUUUCGUAAAAGGCCGAGUUUUACUUCGGUUAAUUGACCCGUCUAGAUUCCAACGGGUCUAAAUCGAAUUGGUUCGGCAUCCAAGCGGUUUUGUGUAGAUUAACCUCCUAGCGAGUGCUUCUAAGCACUCGAGACCCAUAUUCAGUUUAAAAGCCGUGAAUACCGAGUUAUACGGCGUGCAUAUUGGAUGCAAGAUGACGAGUGACUGGAGUUUUACGGGAGGAUCACGGGCCAUCAUCGUACCAAACCUGAGAAGCUCCAAUUUGCAGCGAAGGAGCUUAUGGUUACACGCGUCAUGGUUCACGAAUCCACAGUUAGCGGGAGAUGCUUUUACAAUAGGAACCGCUGCUGUUCUUCCGUUCUACACCCUCAUGGUUGCAGCUCCAAGAGCCGAAUUGACUAAAAAGUGUAUGAGAAGUAGCAUACCAUACGUCGUGCUCGGGGUUUUAUACUCGUACCUUCUAUACCGCUCAUGGACUCCAGAUACGAUCCGAUUAAUGUUUGCAAGCAAAUACUGGCUGCCAGAGCUUCCUGGUAUAGCUAAGAUGUUUUCAAACGAAAUGACUUUAGCCUCGGCUUGGAUCCACUUAUUAGCCGUUGACCUCUAUGCUGCAAGACAGGUGUAUCAAGACGGGUUGGAGAACGAGAUCGAGACUCGGCAUUCGGUGUCUCUCUGCCUCUUGUUUUGUCCAGUUGGAAUACUCAUUCAUGUCAUCACCAAAGCAUUUAUCAACACAUCUAGAGGUUCAAAAAAUGAGAUUCAAUGAUGGUUUUUCUCCAUCUUAAACAUUUAGGCAAGUGUUCAAGUUUAGGCGGAAUUUUGUUCAUAUUUUAAUCUAGUUGGUUAUGGAUGUUUAUUGUGUACAAUUUGCUCAAAUAAAUGAGUGAAUUAGUGUGGGUGACUUAA